UGUUGUUUUCAAACUUCAAAAUUUUGCAGCUCUACCGUGUGUUACAGUUUUGUGAUAUUAAGUGAUUUUUCAGUUCAAUUUCAUACUUUUGGCAUGUAUUCUUUACAUCGUGCAGCCAUCUAAACUCCUGUGUAUUCAGAGAUGUCUCCGAUCACAUUUACUUAACGUUCUUUUUCCCCUUUUCUUGCCAAGCACCUCUCAGAUUUAGGUUAGAGAUAGGUCACUUACAGACCUUCCCAAUUGAAUCCACCGUUCUAAUCUAUUCUAGAGAUGUGAAAGAGAUCAGAGAAUUUUCUUAGAAACCAAGGCGCAUUAUCGUACGGAAAUAGGUUUACGUCCGUUCCCUUCACAGAUGCUUCAUCUUAAUUCGUAGGGUUGUGUUUGACUCCGCUGCUAACAACAGCCGCCAAGUAUCUAGAACUCCUGUAUGCUUCUCUGAUUCUCAAAAUCUGCAAGGCUUGGAAAAAUGAGUCGAAAGUGGAUCAAUUUCUUCAACGAUGCUGGAAUCCCUUCCUCAGCAGCGGCAACAUAUGCCCUCAUUUUCUCAGAAAAUAGAAUCUCUCAGGACAUGCUCUUGGAUCUGGAUCGUGAAGUGUUGAAGGAAAUGGGCAUUCAGACAAUGGGCGAUGUUAUCUCAAUUCUAAAGCAUGCAAGAUUUGUCUAUGAAAAGACUGCAAGGGAUACAGUGUUGCAAUCUUCAUCUAAGGAUAAACCUGAAAACCCUCCCAAGAAGACUGUGGUUUCAACAGUUUCUGUUCCAGAAAAUGACCCUUAUUUCUAUUCACCCUCCAUUGAACUUAAAAAGCAGACUGAGGAAAAGAAAGCUCCCCGAAAAGCAGGUCCUGUUCUGCCACCAAACAUGAAGUUAUCCUCAAAAGCAUCAACAGCUGCAGCUAAUUUUCAUGACAGUGACACUGCAGGCUCAAGGGAGAAAAAAAGCAAAGACUGUACGAUUUUGAAACGAAAAAUUAAAACAAGUGUUCAAAAAGGUGUCAUUGUGAAAGAGGAAACUGAAGAAAGUGACAGUUCGAGCAGCUCCUCAUCAAACAGUUCCCUAGAAUGUGUGAGUAAACUCAGGAAAGUCAUGCCCGAACCAAGUAGCAGCAACACUAGUACUUCAGGACGAACUACGGCAGCAAAACCUUUUUGUUUCAGCGGCACCAAAAGGACUGUCUCAAUUUUACCAGAUAAAGAACCAGAGAUACUUCCAAAAGCAGGCACAACUUUUACCAUCACAAUGAGUGGAGCUCGUGCUACUUCUCCCGAACCAACGAAGAAAUCUGUGUUUGCUCGGUUGGAUAACAAAAGCUCUAAUGUGUCAGGAGAUGUGGCUGAUACUGAUUUUUCUCUUGCUGGAGAGAAAAAAUUUCCUUUUGAUGACAAUGGACUGCUACCGACAGUGGAGAUUAAAAAUGACCUUUACACCCCAACUGAGGAAGCCUACUCGAAGGAAGAUGGAAGAAGCUUGCACGAGCCUGUAGCAUGGGUGAAACCCAUCAUUCACACUGAAGGAAUUCUUGCAAAUCCAGCAGUGAAACCUAAAACAGGUCCCAAAGAGAGACUUGGAAUGACCUCGUCUGCUUCUCCUUUUCUUUCAUCUCAAGCUAACCCGUUUGAUCAGCAUUAUACCGUUGUCAACUCCUCGUACAUGUCUUCUACAGAUGGGCUUGGUAAUAAAGAAGUUGUGUUGGAUGAUGAUGAUGUCUUCUACACCAAUGACAUGCAGUCCAACAACAUGCACCUCUCAAAGGUUGUCGAAAAGAAAGUGUCCAUCCCUAGCAUGGAUUACGAAUUGAUGGAAAAACCCUCCGUCAAAAACAGAAUUUCAUUGAAUCGACCAAUUUUACAUGGGGGAAUAGCCAAAGUAACAGGUGGGAAACCUUCCUUAACUGCCAAGGAGAGAAUCGCUAUGAGCUUAGCACCAGAUACCAAAAUUAGAACCACUGCUGCAGUCCUGGCCAGAAGUAGAAUUCGUCCUAACCCAUUGGCUAGAGAGAGUGCAAGUGUGAAACCCAUCAGAGAAAGAAUCACUUUCGACUCUGCUUCAUCAGUCAGAGAUAGAGUAGGAGUCAAACCAACGUCAACAGUUCGAGAUAGAAUUAGCGUAAGAGCACCACUUCCACCUAGAGAGAGAAUUAGUUUAAAACCAGCCAUCUCUGCAAGAGAAAGGAUUAGUUUAAAAACAACUCCUUCUGUUAGAGAUAGGAUUAGUUUAAAAUCGACUUCCUCCGUUAGAGAUAGGAUCAGUUUAAAGUCAACUCCCUCUGUCAGAGAAAGGAGUAGUUUAAAACAAACUCCCUCUGUUAGAGAAAGGAUUAGUUUGAAACAAACUCCUUCUGUUAGGGAAAGAAUUAGUUCAAAACCAACUCCAUCUGUUAGAGAAAGGAUUACUUUAAAAUCGGGAACUUCUGCCAAAGGAAAAAUCAGUGUUAAUCCAUCUAUUGCUAGAAGGGAAUUAAUUAGUUUAAAAUCACCUGGCUCCAGAGAGAGAAUCUCUACAAAACCAACAGGCUCUAUCAAGAACAGGAUUAGUUUAAAUACUGCCACUUCUGUCAGAGAAAGAAUUAGCACGGACAGUAGGCCAGCCAAUGGUAGAUCAAAACUUUUAAACAUGGACAAGAUCGCACACAAAGGCGUGCCUGUAAGAGCUCAUUUUGGUGACUUUCAAAAAGCAUUGAAAAAUAACGGUGUCUCUAAGCAACAAAAUAGAACUUCCAAUGUUUUCAGUAGGUUAGGCUAAGUUAAUUGCGGAGCAUUUAUUUUGUGCUUUCCAUCAUAACAGAUCUGUAAACCUCAUUUCCUACCUGAUUGUAAGAUCCGUUUCUUAAUCUCAGAUUGAAUAGACUUACCAUUAAUCAUUUCAAGGCUCUCCAAUUACUAGAAAAAUUCAUGACAAAGAAUCAUCUUCUGCCUUCUAAAGAUUCCAUACAAUAGGGAAGUUGCAGGAUUGUUGAGGAAGUAGACUCAUUUUUUAGUGUCAUUCGGAAAAUCGUGACUUAAUAGUAAUAAGGUUGCGAUGAUGAAUUUCUGUUAAAUGUUGUGAAAAAAAAUGAAGAAGUGUUAUCAGCAUUUUGGCAGUUACUUACCUUCAACCAAUCAGCAUCAAACAUAUUGUGCAGAGUAGUCUUUUGUUGCUUUAGAUUUGUGUUUAUCAAAAGAAGGACAUUUUUUUAUCAACCUCAUAGUGUCAAUUAUGGUUCUCUUGAUUAUUUUUAGGUUCUUUUUUUUUAAUUACUUUCAUGCCAAGUUCAUGCAGGCUUCUUAGGGACUGGGGAAACUAAGAACAAUGGGGUAAACACUGAGAAUUGAAAUUGGUGGGAAGAAUCAUUGAAAAUACAGAGACUCAGGAUAAAACCCUCAAUGAAGGGGUAUUUUUAGACUAUGUAACGACUGUCAAAAUUUUAAGUCCUAAGCCAACUGAUUCUGCAUUCUGCCGUUUUGUCCCAUGCAAACACUAGAAUAGUAAAGAAAAUAGGAAAUUUUGACUUUUGAAUAGAAUCGUUUUCCAGCAGAAGAGCGUACUGUAACAUUAUUCGUCCUUUUGGAAAAUUAAUUAUCAUCUUCGGGAAUACGUCAUCGUGUUUUUAUGAUGAUCAGAUACCCCUGUGCAAAAUUACAGGCCAAAAUGUGCAAAGCUAUCAAUAACUAUUGCUCCAAACAGGUAUUUUUUAAAGAAGCUCUUUUACAGGCAAACCCUUCAAUUACUUUGACGUCUGUUUAUGUUAAAUAUUAAGAUAUCUCUUGGAUAAAAUACUCUAAGUCUCUGAUGACUUAAUCGCAUUAUGUCUUGAUUUGUAGAUUUUAAACGUAACAUCAAAAUGGAAUCAUCCUCAUGAAGAUGUUGUUCUUUGUGUUGUAAUGUAGUCACCGCCUGUAUGUUUUUGAUCAUGCAACAAGGAUUUAUUUAUGAAUUGUAUGAGACGAUUGCAAUUUCUGCAUGAAGGUGUUACUGUAGCAUUAUGAACCUUUUUGACUAGGGCAUUUUAUUUCUUAUUCUUUUUAUACAAUAGCCUAAAAGUGCAUUGUCAUAGUUUGUCCACUAGUCUGGCAGUCGUAGUGUAUUUGUGAAAGCCAUCUGAAGAAGCAAUCUUUAACUACGCUUGCUAUUGAAUAAAUCCAAUGAGCUGAUUCAGCCAGAAACUGCAUGUCACCACUCCCAGCAGCAUUUUUGCGUAAUUUUUUUAGAUGAUUAAAAUUACUCACGAAACACUCAAUGUUAAAUAUUAAUCUGGAGCUGAACUUUUUAGCUGGAGCUAUGAAAAUUAGUCAACCCUCUCUGUAUUAUUCAUAAUUUUCUUCCUUUAUCUUUUUUCUUGCUACAUAGAAAACUUAACUAGCAUGACUAACAAGUACUAUUGAUUAUAAUUUGAAUUUUGAAGUUUGUUGAGAUUUAAUUUUACUCGGAUAGUUUUUUCCUUAUUUUCUUUUCUUUAUUUUUGCUCUACACAUACCUGUGAAGUUUUUCUCCUUUUAUUUGAAUAUACUUGUGCCUUACAUCAUUAUUAGGACGAUUUUUCAACAAAGUAUGGAGUAUGUUAUAGUAAUCAGCAUGAUAAGUAUAUGUAAUAAGACCAUUCUAUCUCUUAAAUGUUCUAUCAUAGCCAGAUUCGACUACCUCUUGACAAAAAUUUCACAAUAAAAAAAAGUAGCAUGUAGGUAUGCAGGUUUUGAGAAUUUUGAGAAUUUUAAGACUUAAAUGAAGAAUUUCACCGUUCUGAAUUCGAACCUCUGAUGAGUGUUUAACAAGGUUUGUAAUACUUAUCCAAUUUUAACACCGAUGAAACUGUUUCAAAAGGUGAUGGUGUCAAGCAUCAUUUAUUUAUGCAUUUGCCGUCAGUGUGUUGAACAUUUUGAAUUCUACUGUUUAUUUAUUUUCCCUCAAAGGGUAGACCUCGGAAUUUUGUUGAAAAUGUGCGUGAUUUAAUCAAAACACCUUAAAUUAUGCUAAAUACUUUCCUACUAUUGAUCAAGUAGAAGAAUUUUCUUGCAAAUUGUUGUAUCAAAAGUCAGAAACAGUACAAUUUCUGAAAACUGUCUUUUGUAUGUCCUUUUGAUACUAUUUUUAUUUCAACGAUACCACUCAUGUCAUCAGGUACCUACAUGCAGUUAGUGUAUUGUAUGUGGUUUUAUUUUAACCUCGUAAAUAAAAUUAACUCUUCCUCAUUUCCUAA